AUGAAUAUGGAGAUCACCAGCUUUAUCGGAAGGAAGGAAUAUUCAACGGGGAUAAGGGACCCACCGGAAAGAGCUUUAGCAAGUACUCCUAAUCGGCUGUUGCAAGCUGGCAGGGCGGCUAGUAAACAAGUUGACUCAGGGAAGGCGCGAAGCCUGAUUGACCACCUUUCGGACAAGGAGGGAGCAGUUCUGUUUGCGCCUUAUAAAUCGUAUUCAAGGUAUCCCAAUAGGAUGUUAAGACAUCUCAAAAGGCCUUUGACGGAGGAAGCGGGUAGGGCACUGGUCUCCUUUCGGAAGAAAAAGCUUAGAACUGAUAGCAAGACUGGGUUGAUGGCAUUCAUAGGCUUGUUUUCAGGCCAAAUCCCACAGAAGGAAUAG